AUUAUGAGGGAAACUUUCCACGCUAUGCUUGUUCUAGUUACUGUAUUGUUCUUUGGAGCUGCACAGUUUUGUUCCGGUUGGAACACAAGCUUUAGCUGUAUAGAAAGGGAGAGAGAAGCCCUCUUGAAGUUCAAACUUUGUUUUAAUGAUCCAUCGCAUAUGUUGUCUUCUUGGAAAGGCAAUCACUGUUGUGAAUGGAGAGGAGUAGGCUGUGACAAAAAAAGCAGAUAUGUUGUCUCGCUUCAACUCAAGGGAUCAAUCUCUAAUCAAGUUUACUUGAUUAACGAUGUAGAGGAGGUUGUUUCAAGUUUGCUCAAGCUGAGAUACUUGGAACACCUGGACUUGAGCAACAAUAAUUUCAGUGGUAAUUUUAUUCCACCAUCCUUUGGCUUGAUGAAGCAGUUGAGAUACCUAAAUCUCUCUUAUAUGCAGUUCAGAGGAAGAAUUCCUAGUGAACUUGGAAAUCUUACAAGGCUUCAUGCUCUUGAUCUUUCUCAGCAUUAUUAUGGGAGAUUGAAGGUUGAUGAUGACAUUCAGUGGAUUUCUCGUCUCUCUCCUUUGCAACAACUUGAUAUGAGUGGAGUAAAUCUAAGCCAUGCCUCAUCAAACUUGUUCCAGGUACUUGGCAUGCUUUCUUCAUUAUCAUGGUUGAGUCUGUCAGACUGUAGUCUAAAAAAUUCUCAUCUACCAUCUCACAACCAUCCCCUUAAUUUUACGUUGGUUGGAAAUAUUCAACACUUCGAUAUUUCACAGAACUCUUUUCAUGGUCCAAUACAUAUUUUUCUCCAAAACAUGACUUCAUUGACAUUUCUUGAUAUGAGUGGAGUAAAUCUAAGCCUUACAUCAUCAAACUUGUUUCAAGUACUUGGCAUGCUUCCUUCCCUAUCAUGGUUAAGUCUGUCAAGCUGUAGUCUCAAAAAUAGUCACUUGCCAUCUCACAACCAUCCCCUUAAUUUUACAUUGCUUGGCAAUAUUCAACACUUGGAUCUUUCAACUAACCUUUUCCAAGGUCCAAUACCUAUAUUUCUCCAAAACAUGACUUCCUUGAUAUUUCUUUAUCUUGUUGGCAAUCAAUUGAGUGGGAGUAUUCCAGAUAGCAUCGGGCAACUUUCUAAGUUAGAGCUCAUAGAUCUUUCUUUCAAUCAAUUGAGUGGGAGUAUUCCAGAUAGCAUUGGGCAACUUUCUAAGUUAGAGAGCAUAGAUCUUUCUGCUAAUCAAUUGAGUGGGAGUAUUCCAGAUAACAUCGGGCAACUUUCUAAGUUAGAGAGUAUAAAUCUUUUUGUCAAUCAAUUGAAUGGGAGUAUUCCAGAUAGCAUCGGGCAACUUUCUAAGUUAGAGAGUAUAGAUCUUUCUGUCAAUCAAUUGAGUGAGAGUAUUCCAUAUAGCAUUGGGCAACUUUCUAAGUUAGAAAGCAUAGAUCUUUCUAUCAAUCAAUUGAGUGGGAGUAUUCCAGAUAGCAUUGGACAACUUUUUAAGUUAGAGGGCAUAGAUCUUGCUGGCAAUCAAUUGAGUGGGAGUAUUCCUGAUAGCAUCGGGCAACUUUCUAAAUUAGAGAGCAUAUAUUUUUAUCACAAUCGAUUGAGUGGGAGUAUUCCCGAUAGCAUUGGGCAACUUUCUAAAUUAGUGAGCAUAUCUCUUUUUGUCAAUCAAUUGAGUGGGAGUAUUCCAGAUAGCAUUGGGAAACUUUCUAAGUUAGAGAGUAUGGAUCUUUCUGCCAAUCAAUUGAGUGGGAGUAUUCCAAAUAGCAUAUGGAAACUUUCUAAGUUAGAGAGUAUAGAUCUUUCUAACAAUCAAUUGAGUGGAAGUCUUCCAGAUAGCAUCGGGCAACUUUCUCAGUUAGGCAGCAUAAAUCUUUCUAGCAAUCAAUUUGAAACAGGAUUUCCUGAAUGGCUUCAAUUGCAAAAGACAAUAAUUUGGGUUGAUCUCUCUAAUGCUAGCAUCUCAGGUCCUCUUCCAGAAAACAUAGGUCAUAUGAUGCCAAUGUUGCGUGGAUUAUAUCUUGCAGAUAACCUCAUGAAUGGUUCAAUUCCAAUGUCACUAUGUAACUCAAAAUCUUUGGAAUUUCUUGAUCUUUCAAACAAUAUGUUAUCUGGAAGUAUUCCUAAUUGUUGGAGAAAUGAUCAAUCAUUCAAUUUUAUUGAUCUAUCUUCUAACAAUCUCUCGGGUUUAUUUCCGAGCACAAUGGCACGACUUUCUUCUUUAACUGUAUUGCAUUUAAACAAUAAUAGCCUCCAUAAGGGACUACAUGUGGCCUUGAAAAACUUCACUUCUUUAGAGGUUUUGGAUUUGGGUGAAAAUAAAUUUUCUGGAAAUCUAACAAGCAUUGUAGGGGGCAAGAUCGGCAACCACUCUUUAAAGAUUCUCCGACUGCGAAAAAAUUUGCUUUUCGGUUAUAUUCCUUUAGAACUAUGCUCUCUUUCUCAAUUGCAAAUUCUCGAUCUUGCGGAUAACAAUCUGACAGGAAGGAUUCCUCCUUGUUUUGGAAAGUUUCCAAUUAUGGUGAAUGCAACAAAAUUGAUCCAUGACAUGUAUUAUUAUAUUUCAGAUAGAAAUUGGGAUCAGACGCCUUUGACAGAGGUUGUGAAAGGGAGAUACCUUAACUAUAUAGGAAAAACUCUAAGACUUGAGAUUAAUAUAGAUCUUUCAAGAAACAGUCUAAUAGGAUCCAUACCAGAGGAGCUAAUUUUUCUUAAGGAUUUGCACAGUUUGAAUUUAUCUUGGAAUCAUCUCUCAGGAAAGAUCCCUGAGAAAAUUGGACAAAUGGAGAAUUUGGAAUCUCUUGAUUUCUCUAAGAAUGGCCUCUCGGGAAUGAUCCCAAACAGCAUGUCAAGUUUAACCAAAUUAAGCCACCUCAACUUGUCCUACAAUAAUUUGUCAGGGCCAAUUCCAACAGGCUAUCAACUCCAAACACUUGAAGAUCCAACCAUAUAUGCUGGCAAUCCUCAACUCUGUGGAGCUCUACUCCUAAAGAAAUGCUCAAAUGAUGCACUACCUCCGACAACUGCCAACUUCAAGGACAACGAUAAAGGUGAACUUAAAAGAAUGUGGUUUUACAUUGUCGUGAUGUUAGGCUUUGCAACUGGAUUUUGGGGAGUUGUGGGAACUUUGAUUUUGGUGAAAAGUUGGAGAUAUGCUUAUUUUCAAUGGGUGGAUGAUGUCCAACACUGGAUACUUGUGGCUAUAACAUUGAAGGUGGCACAACUCAAGAAGAUGUUCAAUGGCAACCAAGAUGAUCAAUGAGUUAUAUAUAGAGUAUGUUGUUGUUGCUACAUUUAUUAUUAAGUUAGUUGCACAUCCUCAUGUUGCAAGGUAUGGUGUCAGGCCCAACUUUGAAUGGCUCAAUAUUGAAAAGGCCAAUUUUAAAUGAAAACAUAAACAUUAGAGUUUGUAAAGUUUUCAAUAAUAUAACAUAAGCUCUAGU